AUGGGUCGUCUUCACAGCAAGGGAAAGGGUAUCAGCUCCUCGGCUACCCCCUACUCGCGCACUCCCCCGGCGUGGUUGAAGACCACUCCCGACCAGGUCGUCGAGCAGAUCUGCCGUCUGGCCAAGCGUGGUGCCACCCCCUCCCAGAUCGGUGUCAUCCUGCGUGACUCCCACGGAAUCGCCCAGGUCCGCUUCGUCACUGGUAACAAGAUUCUGCGAAUCCUCAAGUCCAACGGCCUCGCUCCCGAGCUCCCUGAGGAUCUGUACAUGUUGAUCAAGAAGGCUGUUGCCGUCCGCAAGCACCUUGAGCGCAACCGCAAGGACAAGGACUCCAAGUUCCGCCUCAUUCUGAUCGAGUCCCGUAUCCACCGUCUCGCCCGCUACUACAAGUCCGUCGGUGUCCUUCCUCCUACCUGGAAGUACGAGUCCGCCACCGCCUCCACCAUUGUCGCAUAA